GAGGGAGAGUGAGAAAGAAUCAUUUAGCGAGCAACAAAGUGUUCUCUUCUACAAUUUGUUCUUGUCUUUUUCAACAAACGGCUUUUUUUUUUGUUUUUUUGACUUAUUUUGUAAAUCUGGUAUUAAAUGGACUUUUUUCACUCGUGGGAUUUAUAGAAUCAAAAAGCUGGAAGUCAAAAUCAAAAUAGCAGAACAGAAAACUGAAGUCAUCUCCUCGAGAUAAAGACCAGCAUGGGUGUCAGGGCCGUGCUCACCGUCCUUGUUCUUUUCAUAGUUUCUGUGGAUGCUGGUAAUGAACGAGUAACAUUCUGGAGGAAAAAUAUCACCAUGACAUGUCCAGAUAGUGGGACUUGGCACAAUGAAAAAGGAGAAGAACUGUCAAAAAACCCUACAAAAGAGUACAAGUUCGAGUAUGACAACGGCAAGAAAGGCACUUUCUACUGCCAGUAUGGCAUCAGUAAAAGAUAUUCCUUCUAUGUGCAGGGAAAGGCGUGCGAAAACUGCUUUGAGCUGGACGCGAAGUUGUUUGGGUUGGCUAUUAUUGUGGACAUAGUCGGGACAGUGGCUGUCAUGUUUAUUAUCUAUAGGUGCACCGGGGAGAGAAGCUCUGAAGAAUCCUCUAAUGCGUCCAAUGCACCUGCACGCCCAGGAGGCCGAGCUCCACCUGUCCCAUCUCCUGACUAUGAGCAUCUGAACCCCCAGACUCGCAACCAGGAUCCGUACUCUAGGUUGAACUAGACAGGAUAAAGACGAGUCAUAUGACCAUGUGGGGUUAUUGCUGGACUAUGGCUGAACAGCGAUGUACAUAGACAGUAUCAUACUGCCAGGACCAUGCACAAACUGGCUUUUAUGGGUGUAACCAGACAUGAUACAAAUGCCAAAUUUAAUAUAUGUAAAUUUACAUUUGCCACCACAUAAUUUUUAUCCAGGUAACCUGAGUUCAGGUUAGGCCUCUACAAAUUACAAAAUUUAGUAAACAACCUUUUAGAGAAACUUUUUUUUCAGAAUACAUUUAAAGUAUUGGCUGUUUGUGCAAUGGAUAAUCUAAAUGAUUGUGUAAAUUGUUUCUGUAUGUUGAUUUUCAUUAGUAGUCUUCAAGCUGCAGUUACUUCUGCAGUUACCAGGAGAUGUAUUACUUAGUUUAGCUCAUUCGAAAUAAUAGAUAUUAGGAUUUGUAUAUUUAACUGUACAUUGACACAUUUAUGUUCAAAACGGAAUAGAAAAACACUUUCACUUUACAAAAUGCUGUCGUGGUCAUCUUUAAUAUUUCCAUUGUUACAAUGAUCUAUCACAGUCUGCAAGUUUUCUGUCUGCAAGGAAUGAAUAAUAUCCACAACAGCAAUAUUUUUGCACUUUUUCUGAUGCAAAACCAAUGCUGUCCAGCGUUCAGUACGAGCACAGAAAUCUCCUCCGUGUCAGUUUUUGUUUCUGUAAUCUCUGCACUCUUAUUUGAAAAUAAUUCAACAUGUAGAAGACCACCAAGCGAAUCAAUGUCACUUCUGUCUCACUGACAACCAACAAAACGAACUUCAACUACCAAUUUCAAUUUUGUAGACAACAAGAGUGGAAGAGAAAUUAACUAAAUGUGUAUUUUCAAGGCUGCGAUUUUCAUUGCAUCAGAUCGUAAUGCCAGGAUAUUGUUCCUUUACAUAGUUUCACAUUUUCGUUGUACAGUUUCCUCAGCUUAUACUGCAACCAGAAAACAUUGUAUUACAUGAUUAAUGGUCAGGAAGCAAAGAUAUAGACAACUUAAAACUUUCAUAACCUAGCAUCAGUAAGAAGCGUUCCAGCACAAGAGAAAAUACAGUCGGUGGAUACUCGGUGAAGAGACAGGGUGCAGUGGGCAAAUAAGAUUACAUUUAUCUGCAUGACAUCAAAGCUGAAAGUAAGAAAACUUUUCUUUUAGUGUAAACAUAAUUUUCACUUUAUCUGAUAGGCUACACUUUGUCCGUCUAAUUCAAUACAAUCUAACUGUUUUGCCAUAAAGUCAGUAUUUACAUGUUCAGUUUUUCUAGCUGUUGCAUUACAGUUUUAAAAUUAAGAUUGAAGUGAUGGUAUCAUACUGGAAAACUGUUUUUGUGUAUAUGCUGUGAACCUCUGAUGUCAGGUAAUGGCAUAACAAAAUGUUUGUUGAGCAGCACAAUGUUAGCUAAAAAAAAAAAGUUUGUUUUUUCAUUUUAAUAGCACCAAAAAAGUAAAACAAAGCUUUAGCAACAAAGAUUUUUAUUUCUACAUUACAUCAUAACAAUGGCGCAAAGCUUUGUAAAUGCCAUAUGUAGGGCUGAGCUGUCGUAUUGAAUUGCUUGAGUUUAAAAACAUUUCUAAUAAAGUGUCCACUGAGUGUGUUAUUGUAUGUACUGUAAAUAUUCCAUUUUACAAUCAUUCCACAAAUAAAUAAUUCAUGUUGUAAGUUAAAAUAAAUGUUGUGCUUGUUUUAAAAGUGUUAUUGUACUUGUCACUCACAUUGUAAAAUGAGCAUUUAAUGUACCGUAGAAAAACGCUCAACUUGCUGUUUCUGCUUUUGGCUUCUUCUAACUGUAAUGGGCGAGACAUGCGUUACUAAUGAAUAAACCACAAUCAUCAAUGCUCUCA